AUGAAGAGUCUGCUGACGCCACUGCCCGAGAGCCUCCCUGCAUCACUAGCCACUGUCAGCUCCACCAUAGUCUUUGACAUCUCACCAAAAGGCAAGCACUUCAGCUGCAUCUCUCUGGAGCUAUUUGCAGACAAAGUUCCAAACACAGUGGAGAACUUUUGUGCUCUGUGCACUGGGGAGAAAGGAUGUGGCUAUAAAGGUUCCUGCUUUCACAGGAUUAUUCCAGGAUUUCUGUGCCAGGGUGGUGACUUCACAUGCCAUAAUGGCACUGGUGGCCAGUCCAACUAUGGGGAGAAAUUUGAUGAUGAGAAUUUCAUCCCAAAACAUACAAGUCCUAGGAUCUUGUCCAUGGCAAAUGGCCCCAACCCAAAUGGUUCCCAGUUUUUUGUCUGCACUGCCAAGACCAAGUGGCCAGAUGGGAAGCAUGCAGUCUUUGGCAAGGUGAGAGAGAGCAGGAAUAUUGUGGAGGCCAUGGAGUGCUUUGGGUCCAGGAACAGCAAGACCACCAUUACUGACUGUGGACAAAUGUAA